AUGAAGGAUAGCAGCACCGAGGAUUCAAUUCAUCUUGAGAAUGCAGCGCCAACUCCAGCAAGUGAAGACACGCAAGGUGACAAAAUACGGGCGUCAGAUUUACCCCACGACCCUCAAAACUGGCCACAAUGGAAGAAAAAUGCACAGAUCUUGAUGGUUGCUUUUCACUCCAUGAUGUGUACAUUUAUGGCAGCUGGGAUUAUUCCGGCUUAUGAUAGCUUCGCUAAACAGUAUGAUAUCACUGUGGUAGAGGCCAGUUACUUGACUUCCUUUCAGAUCCUGCUUCUCGGCCUCGCCCCUUUGUUUUGGAACCCAAUCACUGUGGUCUAUGGUCGGUACCCUGUGAACAUGUUUUCGGUUUUCGCCAGUAUGGUCUGCAACAUCGGCGGUGCGAGGUGCACCUCAUACGGCCCCCAAAUGGCCACUAGAGUCCUUACAGCUUUCUUCAUCUGUCCCCCGAUUGGGAACGGAAGCGGAAUGAUCGCAGAGCUAUCCGAGCCCGGAAAGCGUGCCCAGAAUUUGGGAUGGUGGACACUGUUGACAACUGUUGGUACGCCUGCAGGUCCUUUCUUCAUGGGAUUUGUCAUCAAGCACAUUGGCGUUGACUGGAUUUUCUGGAUAUUUGCCAUCAUCAACUUCUGUCAGCUCCUUUUGUAUAUUGCAAUUGGUGAUGAGACUAUCUUCAACUCGAGCAACAUCGCUAAAUCCUCCCGUGGGACUCUAGAUCGGAUGAUUCCCCGAAAGAUCACCGAAGGUUCAUUUCAGCUCAAGAAUAUCCUAGCACCGUUCUCUUUGGCCAAGCAUCCCCGCGUGUUGAUUACCGCAUGUGCCCACGCCGUCACCUUUUGCUACGCCAAUAUCGCCUUGAUUGUGGAAAUGCCCAUUGCAUUUGGCGAAAAGUUUCAUUUUGAUGCCCAGCAGAUUGGCUUGCAGUUCAUCGCCAUUAUCAUCGGAUGCGUCCUUGGCGAGCAAGUCAGUGGACCUUUAUCCGACUGGUUCUUGAAGCGUGUGCGGCAGAGGAAAGGACAUGCGUGUCCAGCCGACCGUCUGUGGCUUUCAUAUAUCGCAUUUUCGACUAUAUUUACUGGUCUCUUGACUUGGGGAAUCCAGCUGCAGCACGCAACUUCAUGGAAUGUUACGCCUUGUAUCGGUGCAGUUAUUGCUAGCUUCGGAAACCAGAUGCAAACCACUAUCCUUACCACAUUUGCGGUGGAAAGCAAAUGGGAAAGAGCGGCUGAAGUUGGAGUUUUUAUCAACGCGUGCAGACAACUUUAUGGAUUUCUCGGCCCAUUUUAUUUCCCUGAUAUGUUCUCUGCGCUGGGUCUUGGUGGGGCUGCUGGAGUAAUGGUGGCUAUCAUAGCUGGAUGUUCACUGUGUCCAAUUAUCGCCAUCCAGAUUGCGGCUACUCGAGAUGAAAAUCGCAUCUGA